UAUUUACGGUACACGUGUGCAGAGAGUGGUUGAUGCCAGCUCUGGCAAGCUUCUCUCGAUGCAUCUUCAGCAUUGAAGCUCGGACAACGACAUAGAGAUAAUCCGUCUAAUUUCGAAGCUCAGUCUACUUUGUCAUCGUGCAACGGUUUCUUGAAUUUUCGAGAACGAUCUCUUCUAUUAUCCACUUUAAACUUUCCGUGUGAGACUUCUUUAAUAGGAGACCUUUUGUUCAUAUUGUCGUGUCUAGCAUGAAUUUGUGAAUUAUUUAAAAAAAAUUAUUAGUUAUUGAGGAAGUUGAUGUGUGAAGAGCAGGAGGUUCUUUGAAAGAAAGAAGUGGAUGCUGCGUUUAUCUUUGGAGAACUGAUUUUAAUUGAUUGAAUGGAUAUUCAAGAUCAGGAGAGUUUAUCGGAGUCUGCUUCAGUUCCACUAAACUAAACCUUGCGACAAGCCGGUUAAACGGUCGUCAGAGAGGCAGAUAAAGAGUGCGAGUGGAAGAACGGUAAGUUUGUAGUGGCAGUGCGAUCAAGGGGGCGGACGCAGUCGGUUAGACUGUUAGACGAACUCGCGGCGAGCGAAACACGCUCGGAAGCAAGGCCGCGCGCGUGAGACUCGCACGAACCAGUGAGAUCAACGACGACGACGACGACGACGACGACGACGACGACGACGGCGGCGCGCAACGAUGCGUUAGUUUCGCGCGCGUACGAUGUCGGGCGAUAUCGCUCGAUUGGAGAGCGAGCCAGCUGCGUCGGAGCCGCUAGUCGCGGCAAAUGCCGUCUCCACGUUACAAGGCAACAAACAAACGGCGGAAAGCGUCGCCCAAGAUGCAGUCGACCAAACAGGAUUUGGCAAGUUUAACCUUAAGGUUAUGGCCGUCUGCAGUUUGAUCUUCAUGAACGUAGCAUUCAGUAUAACAAGCAUAGGAUUUGUAUUACCAUCGGCAGCAUGUGACUUUAAAAUGACUACAGUGGACAAGGGCCGUCUAAGCGCAGCGCCUAUGUUAGGUAUGCUAGCCGGUUCUUAUAUAUGGGGCUGCUACGCGGCCAUAAAAGGACGAAGAAUGUCCUUGUUGGUCGCCUUAUUUCUUCACGGGAUCUCAGAAUUGUUGGCAUCGGUGGUGCCCUUCUAUUGGUUCUUUUUGUUCUUAAAAUUCAUGAGCGGCGCCGCCAUGAAUGGACAAUCGGCUGUUGUUUUUCUAUAUCUGGGCGAAUUUCAACCAACGAAAUAUCGUGACAAAAUGUUGUCUUGGAUGGAAAUGGCCUGGGUAAUGGGAAUGAUCAUUUUAGCAGGUGUCGGAUGGAUCAUUAUCCCAAUGGACGUAAACGUCGAGAUCGCUGGUUUCUUUUUGCACUCGUGGAAUCUUUUCGUCUUCAUCUGUUCCCUUCCAGCGUUAUUUACCGGAGCGUGGUUAUUAUUUUUCCCUGAAACGCCGAAAUAUCUCGCCGAGACUGGUCAUAACGUUCAGAUGCUUCACGUUUUAAUGAGAAUGUACUCGGAGAACAGUGGUCAGCCCCCAAAAGAGUACAAGACAAAACUCCGAAAUUGUGGUAAUAAUAAUCUGAACGAACUGGUGCACCGUAUAAUGCACACGAACGAGAGGGAGGAAGUGACGGAGAAAUCAUUCGAUUCGAUGAUAAGCGACAUAUACACGAAAACAGCGAUGAUACUGAAGCCUCCGUUUCUCUGUAGAACCAUCGUGGUGUGCCUGAUCGCUUGUUUCGUCACAUCCGCUUACUAUACUUUAACUUUAUGGUUGCCAGAGCUGUUUCACAGAUAUGCAGACUUUCAACAAGCGUAUCCUAAUCAGACAGCCAGUGUUUGCACUUUGAAGAUCACCAAGAAUAGCACCAACCUUGAGGAGAUUGACGACCCAUUUGGUUGCAACUCAAGGGUACAGACUAGUGUGUUUGUUCAUACAUUUAUUCUGGGAGCCUCUUGCAUUCCAACGGGUCUCAUAUUACCAGUUCUAGUUAAUUAUAUGGGAUACAAAUUCCUCUUAGUGAUCACAGCUUUUAUACCUGGGGUAGUGACAGCCUGUCUCUUCCUGGUGCAAACUUCCACCCAAAACUUAAUUCUCUCCUGUGCCUAUGAAUCUAUUACUUCCGUUUGUCUAAGCGUUGUAUACUGCCUGCUAGUUGAUCUUUAUCCAACGCAUUUAAGGGCAAUGGCUUCCGGUCUGUCGGCGUUUAUUAGUCGAAUUGGUGCUAUAAGUGGUACUUUGAUGAUCGGUUACUUGAUUGAUGAUUACUGUACUUUGGUGAUCGUCAUUGUUGCUGCUCAACUGUUUUUGAGUGGUCUGCUCGCCCUCUUCACGCCAGGGAGAAAGAAAUCAAAACUAGACAUCGAGAAAUUUUAACGAAAGUGGAAAAAAUAAGAAUUAUAAAGAAAAGAAAAGAAACAAUUCUUCUACUCCUCGUAUUUAGCUCAAUCUAAGUGCAUUUCGCGUGAAGAAUGUGUAGGUACUUACUCGUAGACUGCUCGAAAUAACUCUAAGGAAUCUACUUAAACAAUUUUAUUGUAAUUCAAGUGACAACAUUAUCGUAAUUAAUUCCAGACACAGUAUUCUAUAUUCAAUUUUGACUUACUAAAAACGUUUCCAAAAGAUGUACAAUCUGAUUUAGAAAGUAGGUACAGAAACAACCUUCGAAACGUAUAUUUUCUUUGAUUAUUUUAUUAGUGAAUUUUAUCAAAUGAAGGUUUAAAAUGAAUAUUUUAACACCGUGACUACCAUUAUUAAUUUUGAGUAUCGAACAAGUUUAUUUAUAAUCAGACAGAUUUAUUUGAAAAUGAUGAGUUAUCCAGAUAUGGUCGAUACGGUAGUCGAAGUGUUAAGAAACACUUUAACGAUAAAGUGUAAUUAUAAAUUAACUCUUAAGCAACGAUGCGUAAUCGUUUUACGAAACGCACAAAAUCAUAGCGAAUACUCAGUGAAUGAGGCCGCGAGAGAUUAAUCGUACAAGGUAAUUUAUUCAAAAAAAGGUAAUCUAAAAUAUAUUUAUAUAAAAUAGAAGACAUUUCAUGAUAGGAAAUCCCAUGUCUACGUAUUAUAGGUAUAUCUUUCGUAAGUUAAUUCAACUUCGAAACACAAAGAUUUACUAAAUAAUCAACAAAUUAUCUCCACGAAAGAGCUUCAAGAUAGUAGAUUAAUUUACAUAUUAGUACUUAAUUCAAUUAAGAGCAAAUAAGCAAGAAAAAUGCUCAAUUACAUGGUUAUUGAAACGAUCUCCUGCAUUGUACGUGCAGUGCUAAGAUAUCUGUUCUUUCGAAUCUCUUAAUACAUAAAUGAUGAUUAAGCGUUCGAUUUGAUUAAUCAGUUAAUUAUUAACACAUUGACUGUCAUAGAUUGGAUAACAUAUAAUUAAAAGAUAAAAGAAUAUUCUGCAUAGCAGGAAAAUUAAAUUGCAGACUAAAAUGAACGUCCCCUUAAUAAUGAAUGAUUUAAUGUUAUUAAGCUGUGCCAUAUCACACAUGACCAUUUCCACUGUGGCAAUUAAAAUGUUAAUGAGCUUUAAUGUGCCUUACUACAAGUCUAAUUUCUACUGUGGCAGUCAAUGUGUUAAACACCAUCGCAUUUCUAUCUUGUACCCUAUUUUUCUAUUUUACCAAACGUUUUUAUAUAUCUCAGAUUGUUUAUAUACCGACCACUGAAUAAUGCAAAAUAAAAACUGUGUUCGUAUUGAACAAUUCAA